AUGGUUACACCUGUAAAAUAUGGAGAAACAUCGUGGCAGCUAUCUGUGCAGGUGGAUCAAAAGGAAGGUGACGAGUCCAUGAAAUUUAAGAUGAGGGUGAUGGGAGACUUGCACAUCGGUGGCCUCAUGCUUAAGCUGGUGGAGAAAAUCAAGGCUCCUCAGGACUGGUCGGACCAUGCUUUGUGGUGGGAACAGAGGAAAUGCUGGCUGCUCAGGACCCACUGGACCUUGGACAAGUAUGGGAUUCAGGCUGAUGCUGAGCUGCGCUACACACCCCAGCAUAAACCACUGCUACUGCAGCUUCCCAAUAUGAAAACCAUCCAAAUGACCGUCAGCUUCUCCAAUGUGGUCUUCAAGACGGUGACAGACAUCUGCAGAAUACUCAACAUUAGAAGACCAGAAGAACUGUCACUGCUGAAGCCUCCGGAUGAUGCCUCCAAAAAGAAGAAGAAGAAAGAUAAGGACUCAGAGCAGGAGGAGAUUUGGGACAUAGAUUUACUCAGUGGGGGACCAAGUGGAACAGGCCCCAUGUAUAGCAAGACCAUGAAAGCAACCUAUGACCCAGAGAAUGGGAUGCCAAUGUCUGCCACCAGCGUUUGGUUUGGAGAAAACCCUCUUGCAGAAUCUCAGGCAAAUUUGCCACCUACCGAGCUGGCCAAGAUGUAUCAGCCGUUGUCACUGGUGGACAAAGCAGUCAACAAUGCAGGGUGGUUGGACUCAUCCCGUUCACUUAUGGAGCAAGACAUUCAAGAUUAUGAGAAGCUACUGCUGCGCUUCAAGUACAAUGUCUUCUUUGACAUCAAUCCUAAGUAUGAUGGCGUCAGGAUAACCCAGCUAUAUGAGCAGGCCCGCUGGUCAAUCCUGCUGGAAGAGAUAGACUGCACUGAAGAGGAAAUGCUGAUGUUUGCAUCUUUACAGUAUCACAUUUGUAAACUGACCAUGUCCACUGAACCUCUGGACAACUCUAAUGAACCAGAAAUUGAUGAAGUAGAGGCAGCCCUAUCCAACCUGGAGGUGACACUCGAGGCCGGGCACACAGACAAAAUUCUGGAAGACAUUACAGACAUCCCAGAGCUGGCAAAUUCCCUCCGACUGUUUAGGCCAAAAAGACUGACGCUGCGCGCAUACAAAGAGUACUGGUUUGUAUUUAAGGACACCACCAUCUCUUACUACAAGAACAAGGAGGCCUCCAGUGGAGAACCAAUAGAGCAGUUUCACCUCCGAGGCUGUGAGGUGGUCCCUGAUGUCAAUGUCACUGAAAAGAAGUUCGGCAUCAAGCUUCUGCUGCCAGUGGCUGAUGGAAUGAAUGAGGUGUACAUCCGAUGUGACAAUGAAACCCAGUACGCUAAGUGGAAAGCUGCAUGUGUCCUCGCUUCCAAAGGCAAGACAAUGGCGUACAGCUCUUACAAAACAGAAGUGAAGCAUAUUCAAUCUUUUCUGCAAAUGAAGAACCUGGCGCCCCCUCCUGGUCAAGCCGCUCCUGACGUCGAAGCAAUGGAUAUGAACGCCGAGUGUUUUGUUUCUCCACGAUACGCCAAGAAACACAAGACCAAACAGCUGACCGCACGUAUCCUCGAGGCACACCAAAACAUAGAACGGUUGUCUCUGGUGGAGGCCAAGAUGCGCUUUAUCCAAGCAUGGCAAUCACUCCCAGAGUUUGGUAUCAAAUACUACAUUGUCAGAUUCAAAGGGAGUAAGAAGGAUGAAAUUCUUGGGAUUUCAUAUAACCGCAUGAUUCGUAUUGACAUGUCCACUGGGCUGCCUGUCACCACAUGGAGAUUCGCCAACAUGAAGCAGUGGAAUGUCAACUGGGAGAUAAGACAGGUGACCAUAGAAUUUGAUCAAAAUGUGACAAUAGCCUUCUCCUGCGUGAGCUGUGACUGCAAGGUAGUCCACGAGUUCAUCGGUGGUUACAUCUUCCUCUCCACGCGAUCUAAAGACCAGAAUGAAACACUAGAUGAAGAACUGUUCCAUAGACUUACCGGAGGCCAAGAAUGA